UUCGAUGCGAAAGCCACCUUUUGCACCAGGGUGGUCCCCAAACCAGGCAUGAACCUUUGGGUCUUGUGUCCAAAGACUGGGGAACUCCACCCGCACCUUUUGAGUUGGGAUUCCCAACGGGAGGAAUGUCCUACAGUCGGCCCAGCAUUUUCAGAGUGCAAGACAAACGUUGGGUGUGGAUCUGGACGGGGUGUGUUGAAAAGGAUGGGUGGAACCGAUCAUCCUGCACAUUUGCAGAACCUGCUCGUACACACUCAAUGAACAGGUGGGCUCCUCGAGCGAGCUGCCGGAAGCAGCCGGUUGAAAUCUGUCCCACUGGCUUUCCAACUUUCCUAAUGAAUUCACCGUUGUGAACAUCCUUAAAGUGGGUGAUCCCGGCUGGACCACUUGGAUCCGUGAUGGAGCAACUGCGGACUUUGGAGCAGGCCCUGGGGGAGGUGGUUUGCACGUUUCAACGCUACUGCCGGAAGGAAGGUGACCGAAACACACUGAGCAAAGCCGAGUUACGGAGCCUCCUGCAGAACGAACUUCCGAGCCUGCAAACGCUGCAAAUCAAAGGCAGGGCUUUCGAAGAGAUGCUCACCCUGCUGGAUACGGAUCAAGACGGCGAGGUCAACUUCGAAGAGUACAUCCGCUUCGUCGCGGCGGCCUUCACCUUUUUCCACUUGUACUUCCGAGAUGCCCCUGUGGUCCAACCCCGCGUGUAGCGCGAUUCUUGCAAACGGGACCGCUAUAAAGGGGUCAGCGCCGAGAAAAGAUGGACGGGCUUGGUCGGGGGGUGCUCAGGAUGGAGACGGGGGAAGGAUGGAAGCCCUAACAAAGGAAGAAACAGAUGGGUGGACCUAGAGAUCCGGCCUCCCUUAGCCAACCUGGAAGGUGCAUGGAUGCAUCCCGUGUCUCGCCAUCCCCAGAUCCUGCUUGUAGGAACCCUUAAAAGCACCACGGGUCUCUCCCUGAGGUUAAUAAAACUUGUCUCGUGACCAGCA